UGUGCCUGACGUGCCUGGGAAAUUUACAGCGACAUGAACACCGCGUCCUUAUUGGUACAAAUGCGCAUCUUCGACAAUUGGCUUUGAACCCAACGUGCCACGACAUGGCCUUAAAGUAUAUCGCAAGCUACGAUCGGUGUCAUUUGGGUCGGCGCUCGAAGUUUAUCGCUAGAGUGUGCCCCACGCCACCAUGGGCCAUGCUUGUUGAAGCUUGAUAUACUCCUAAUAUGCUCCGCGGUUCCGCUUGAUACACUGUUUACCUGGAAUGAGCAUCAGUGCCCCGUCACUCGCAAACGACAUGUUGACAGGAGUGUCAUGGCAACACCACCACCAGAUCCUCACUUGAUUCCUGCGCCUCCUUCCGCGGCAGCGCUGAGGAGUGGGAAAUCCAUUGCCGGUGCGACACUGGCCCUUCAAGGCAUCGCUCUGAUCGUCUUUGGAGCGCGCAUGUGGUCGCGAUGGAGGCCUGUAUACAGAAUGCAGUGGGACGAUUACACCUGCGCUUUGGCAUGGGUCUUGGUAGUAGUUAACACAAGUCUUCUCCUUGCCGCCACGCCGUAUGCUUUCGGGCUCCCACCAAACGAGUUCUUCCUGUCAGACGCGCAAGCUGCAUACAGAAAAGCGUCUAUCUCACAACCAAUUUGGGGGUGGUCUAUGGCCUUGGUCAAGAUAUCCUUCUCCCUGAUGCUUCUUCGAAUCUCUCCCUCGAAUUUCAUGAAGCACUUCCUCUGGGCCAUGAUCGGUCUGCAGGUCAUACUUGCGGUCUACAACACACUAGCAACACUACUGCAAUGCAUACCGGUCGAGAAAGCAUGGGAUUUACUCGGUACAGUAAAAGGCCAUUGCUGGAGCAGGACAGGAGUUAGAAUAAGUUCUAUAACCGUCUCCGUCGUCCAUAUCCUCACCGACUUCAUACUCGCCCUUCUUCCCAUAUCCUUCCUUCGUGGGAUCCAGCGUCCUGUUCGCGAACGCGUCAUCGUCGGCGCACUUAUGGGACUCGGAUUCUUCGCGGGUGUGGCAUCGAUCUUGAAAAUUAUUGCUGCUAUGAACUUUGGCAAGACGGGCGACCCGAUGAACGAAAGCAUCGUUGUCGGCAUGUGGUCUGCUAUCGAAGAGCUUGUGGGCUUCAUCGUCAUCUGCGUACCAACUCUACGCUCGCCGUUCCAACACGUACUGCGUUACCUCGGCGUUGCCAGUGUUCGGCUCAAAAAUCACACCUUCUCCCGCGGCUACGGACGUACGCAAGAGUCUGAAGUCAAUAGGGACAACUUCCGAAGUCAAAGCCAGAGUCGCCUUGCUAUUGUCGAAGGAGACGAAGAGUCCGGCUUCAAAUUGAAGGAGCUGCGUACGGAGGGGUCGUCGGGGUCGUCGGACGAGAUGCAUUGGCGCGCUAGUGCCAAUGAGACGAGUGCAGGUAAUGGCGAGAUCUGGUGUACGCAUGAGGUCGUGGUUCAGCGAACCUCUAUUAGCGGAAGGCCAUCGCUUGAACACGUUCAUGAAGGCGUGGAUGCGCCUUGGAAGGGUGAACCGUUGGAGUUUGACUUGGGCAUGGCGAGCAGGCACUUAAGUCGUUAAUGGGGAGAAUAUUAACGGUGGUUUCGCUGAUGACUCAAGGGAAAGAUAGCAGACGUCUGUUUGUUUAUUCCAAGCGAGUGUACGAACUAUAUGAGAAAGAAAUGAAUGUGUAAUACUCCCGCAAAUAUCUCAC